GUAAUAAAUAAUAAAGUAAAAAAUAUUCAUCGCCCAAAAAGUGUACCCGCCGUUCCCUUUCCCAGUCUCGUACAAUAGCACUCCUCAUCUCUUUGUUUCUCUUUCCGUCUCUAUCUUGUUUCAUCUUCAAUCAAUUCCCAGUGUGCAAAAAAUGCAGGCUAGUGACAGGUUCAAUAUAAACUCCCAGCUCGAGCACUUACAAGCUAAAUACGUUGGAACUGGACAUGCUGACUUGACUAGAUUUGAGUGGGCGGUAAAUAUUCAGCGUGACAGCUAUGCAUCCUAUGUUGGACACUACCCAAUGUUGGCAUAUUUUGCCAUUGCAGAAAAUGAGUCAAUUGGAAGAGAACGUUACAAUUUUAUGCAGAAAAUGCUUUUACCGUGUGGCCUUCCACCUGAACGAGAAGAUGAUUGAGAGUUGCAAUAAAUAAAGGCAGGCUGCAAGAUCUUCUCUUGGAGGAGGUUGAUCAAUUAGUACUGGAAAUUGGUGAUCUGUUGGAACAAUCUCAGUAUGGUGCGCCAUGCCGCUUGAUAACUUUCUUGGUACUGUAAUCCCAAAAGAGAGGUAGAGAUAGUGAACCCUUUUAUUCAAAUCAUAGAUGGUCAAUGUUGGACCAAUUCUUUGUAGAAUUCUAUAUGGGGAAAAAUUGUAUCACAGAGUACGUUAUUACUACACCUUAUGGAAAGAACCUAAUGUUUUGUCGUCGUGACAGCAGUUUUAGUUCUUAAAAUUGAAAUACCUAAGUUAUUCUAUGCUAAAAUUCUCACUGGAUUUCCGUUUUAAA